UGCCCUGUUCCUCUAUGCUGUCCGCAGCCUUAAGAUGCUCCGUGGAAGGGAGCCGAGCGGUGGGCAGUGGCUGAGUCCCCGAUAAGGAGCGCCUCACAUUUCCGUGGCAUUCCCAUUUGCUAGAGCGCUGCUGCGGCCGCACGCCUGAUUGAUAUAUGACUGCAAUGGCACUUUUCCAUUUGACAUUCUCUCUCUCUCUCUCCCUCUCCCUCUCCCUCUCUCUCUCUCUCUCCCUGUGUCGCUUAAACAACAGUCCUAACUUUUGUGUGUUGCAAAUAUAAAAGGCAAGCCAUGUGACAGAGGGACAGAAGAACAAAAGCAUUUGGAAGUAACAGGACCUCUUUCUAGCUCUCAGAAAAGUCUGAGAAGAAAGGAGCCCUGCGUUUCCCCCAAGCUGUGCAGCGGAUACUGUGAUGAUGGAUUGCAAGUGGAAAGAGUAAGACAAAACUCGAGUAUACAAAGGACAAUGACAACCAGAAAGCUUCAGCCAGAUCCUGCCCUUUGCUUGAAAGGAACUGGAGCCUAGGGGGAGGCGAAGGCAUUUCCAAUUUUUAGUCCUCUGCCUCCCUCUGCUGUUCCUUCUCAGAAGUUUUCCUUACAACAAUGAGAAAUCAUGUACUAGCUGCAUCCUUCUCUAUGCUCUCCCUGCUGGCGCUAAUGGGAGAUACGGACAGCAAAACGGACAGCUCCUUCAUGAUGGACUCGGACCCUCUGCGCUGCAUGAGGCAUCACUAUGUCGAUUCUAUCAGUCACCCAUUGUACAAGUGUAGCUCAAAGAUGGUGCUUCUGGCCAGGUGCGAGGGGCACUGCAGCCAGGCAUCACGCUCUGAGCCCUUGGUGUCCUUCAGCACUGUCCUCAAGCAGCCUUUCCGCUCUUCCUGUCACUGCUGCCGGCCCCAGACCUCCAAGCUGAAGGCACUUCGGCUGCGCUGUUCGGGGGGCAUGAGGCUCACCGCCACCUACCGGUACAUCCUCUCCUGUCACUGUGAGGAGUGCAGCUCCUGAGGCCCGUGGCUGAGUGGCUUCUGAAUGGGACAACCUUCUUUUCUCACCGAGGCAGUUCAACCAGUCAGGGAAGGACUGGCAAGAAAAAUCAAGGAAAAAAAAAAAACCAUCAACAACGAAGCAGCAAUUCCCACGGGAUUUUGCAUAUUCUAGUAAUAAAGACUCUCCAUGCUUGUUGACACUGAGAGAUGCUCUGGGAACUUGUUUUCCAUCCCUGUCCCCUUUCCCUGGUACAAUUUCUUUUGGUUCCUUUUCAGAUUCAGGCAUGUCCCCUCUUGGCGCUGAAUGCUCUUUGCAUUUCCAACAAUUCAGCAUUAGUGGGGAAAAUGGGCCCCCAUGCAAGAGUGAGGCAGGCUGUCACUGUUCGGUGCAGACUAGGGAAACAGUCACUUUGGAAAGCAGGAAAGCCCAACUCUUUCUGCGGUACCUUCUGGGUUGGGUUGGUUUGGUUUUGAUCUUGUCAUUUGGCCAAAGGUUGCCAUCACUGCUAAAGGUUACCAAUUUCAAAAUUCCAGGCACCAAGCAUGUGGAUAUGUAUAGCGAGGCUCACUCACAGCCAGCUAACUGACAUUAAUAACUAACAAAUGGAUUCUCUUACAUGAUGCUGGAACUCCUGAUAGUGGUAAUUAUUAUUGAGAAAUGACUUUUGGGAAGUUAAGGUGGCAUAAAGAAUUUGUCAUCUGAAGGCUCUUGCAGGUAAAUUAUGGUAAAUUUUUGUAAGGGAGCAGACUUUUAAAGACCCGCACAAAUACGGAUCCUACACUGACUUUGAAAAAGGCAUAUAUGUACUAGUGGCAUGGAAAACGCACUAUACUCAUGCAUGCAAAUUAGACAACCGAGUAUGAAUCUAUUUGUGGGUGUACUAUAGCUUUAGCCAUGUCGCGGGCAUCAUUCUCUACCAUCCACUUGUCCAUAUGAAGCUUGCUGCCAAAAUGGUAGCCUGGCUCAUCUUCUGAACAUUUGGCUCAUCUAUAUUUUGGUCCUUGAGACUCAAAAUUUGACUUAUUCCCAUGUUGUGAAAUAAAAAGACAGUAUCUUCAAAA